AUGCCUUCGCCUUCCAAGACGCCGAAGUCUUGGGCCAAAGGGAGCGAUCAAACGGUCAGGGAGACGCUCGAAGCCUGGCACACCACAACUACCUCGAUUAACCGCUGCGUAACUUUGCCGGCCGCCUACCAAGCCUUACGGGCGAAAUUCAAUAAGCAGGGCCACCGACGAGGCGUCAGGCCAGAGACGGCAGCAGUCGAACCCAAACCCAGCGGAAACACAGACGGGCAUAGACAGGAAUCGGGAACCGACGAAACCAGGGGACAGCCGGCGACGAACACAAACCUAGGAGACCGCCUUCUGGGUCCGAACACAGACAGACGCCAGUCCCUGGGGAGAGCGCCAGACAGUGACAGGACCCCCCAGCCCGACGUCAACACCAGCAUGACAACCACCAUCAACACAGUUACGGACAGGUAUGAAAGGGGCAGCGAGGCGGGAACCCACGACAGUGACAGGCAUCCCCUGCCCGACGUCAACACUAGCAUGGUAACCACCGUCCACACGGGUACGGGCGUGUGCGAACAGGGCAGGAAGGCGAGAGGCGCGGAGGGCAGACAACGGACAAUGCAAACAAGAGCAAUGGCCGCGGUCACCCUGAUGCCGCUCCCCUUCUCACAACCGACGAAGAAUGAGGAGGAAUCGUUGCCGCCAUGA